AUGGCUCAAACAUCAAUUUCUCGUACGAAAUCUAAAGCUAAGACUACUGGUAAAAAAGAACAUUCGGAAUUUUAUCGUAAUGUUAUUUUGCCAAGUAAAACUUAUAAAGCGGGUCCCUUACUCGAAACAAAAGAUGUUGCAUUAACUUACAAGAAACAACCAUCACUUGGAAAAGUAGAUAUUGAAAAACAUCGAAAUUCAUUACAACGUGAAUUAUCAAUAGAUAUGCUUCGUCAAGGUUAUCAUCAAUCAUUUCGUGAAUUAUCUACUCUAUUAGCAUGGCAAAAAGAAGAUCGAGAACGAUUAGCAACUGAACAUCCUCUUUAUCGACGGCCAUUAUUAGAUGAAGAACCCGAUAAAUUACGUUUUCUAUGUGUAUAUCUUAAUAAAGCGGAAGAAGCAGAACGAAAAUGUCAAUAUUCAAAUAUGUUUAAAAGUUAUUUGGAAGUAGCUUCAUUUUUUAUUAAAAGUGAUGAUUAUUGGUUAUCAGAUUUCUUCCAUAAAAAAUGUUUAUCACUUACUGAAACAUAUUCACAACUUGAUUCCGAAUUAAGUUCUCAAGCAUAUUUUCAUGUUGGAUUAUCCUAUGAAAGACAAGGUUAUUUAGGUGAUCUUCUAAAAGCACUAGAAUAUUUUGAGAAAUAUCGUGAAUUCGGUGGAAAUUAUUAUGAAGGAAGAAUAAAUGCUAAUCAUCAAUUAGUACGUAUAUAUACGAAAUUAGCUGAACGUCAAUCAAAUACUGAUGCACUUAAAUAUAUUACUAAAGCUUAUGAAGCAUCAAUUCAAACUGAUGAUAAAAAAGUUGAAAGUAGUAUUAGUUAUAAACUCGGAUUAAUCUAUCUUGAACAUAAUGAUAUUGAUUCAGCGUUGAAAUAUCUUGAACAAUAUUAUAAUUAUUGUGAACAGGAAAAUGAUCAUGAAGGUUUUGGUCAAGCAAGUGAAGCACUUGCUAUUUGUUAUCAAAGAAAAUCAAAUGUAGAAAAAAGUACGAAAUAUUUAACAAAAUAUUUACAAAAAGUAUCAACGAAUGCAAAUGAUAAACAAUAUGUAAAAGCUUGUAGUGCACUUGGUUUAAUUGAUGCAGCAUUAGGUAACUAUGAUUCAGCAAGAAAAUAUUCAAAAAAAGCUUAUAGUAUAUCAUUAAAUAAGAAGUAUCCUGAUCUUGAUCGUUAUCGAGUAUUAUAUGGUAUUGCUGAUGGUUUAAAACUUCAAUCAUUUUUUAAGGAUCGUAUUGAUCAAAUGAAUACACAUGCGUUACUUGAAUGGAAACUGACACGAUUUGAAAAUUAUUUAAUAAAAUCAAAGCCUUAG